AUGAUAAAGGCCAUCAUGUCUGAACUUGUUAGUAGCACGCCACCCUGCUUUAAAAAUGUGUUGGCUUGUUAUUUGCGAUUGGAGCUGUGAAAUUUGAGCCAUUAGAAGGCAUUUAUAAAGCCAAGACAUCAUUCGAUACAAAAGCGGUGGCGUGAGCCCUCAAAACGUCACCAGUCCCCGCCUUCGAGGAUAGCCCAAGUUUACUUCACCUCUUACAAUUAUCAUAUAAAUGUGCAAUAGGAAUUAUUGAGAGCGUGCGCUACUCCUGAGCUCGCGCUGGUAAAUAACAAACUUUCACAAACUUCUGUAGCAAACUUCUGUUGGCUAUUCUUUUUUUGUUAUUUUAUUACUGUUAAGUUCAUCAAGGGACUAUUUUAAGAUAUUGCACACACAACACACAAAAGAAACACAAUGGGUGCUAUAGUGAAGUGCGGAAUUGUAGGCAUUUUUCUGUGCGCUUUGGUUCCACUUGCCAUCUCCUCUGAAGACUACACAGAGGAGGAGGAGAUGAUUAUAUCUGUGAUUCGCCAGGAUGAUACCCAACCAGAGUCCGGGACCGAACCAUCCGCAGAGUUCUACAGGUGCAAUAAGGGCGAAUGGCGGAUACCCGGCCAAUACAUUGUGGUGAUGCGGGAGGGUUCGCACGACAACCACGUGGAGCGCACCAUCCGCAGGCUGCAGGUCAAAGCCGCCAAGCGAGGCUACCUUAUCGAGGUCAUGCAGAAGUACUCUGGCGCCUUCCAUGGCUUUUUGGUGAAGAUGAGCAGCGAUGUGCUGCACACGGCAGUGCAUCUUCCACAUGUGAAGUACAUUGAAGAGGACUCCUCAAUCUAUGCUCAAGGGCUUCCCUGGAAUCUGGACCGCAUUGUGCAGACAAAGCACGAACCGGGAAAAUACGCACCACCGAAUGAUGGCUCCCAGGUAGCUGUGUACCUGUUAGACACAAGCAUCCAGCUGAAACACCGUGAGAUUGAAGGGCGAGUGCAGCAGACCGACUUCAACAAUGUUCCCGAUGAAGACGGAGUUCGAGUACACAGACAGACCAGUCAGUGUGACAGUCACGGCACCCACAUAGCGGGCGUGCUGAGUGGCCGGGACUCGGGCGUGGCGCGGGGGGCCAGUGUCAACGGCGUACGACUGCUCAACUGCCAGGGCAAAGGCACUGUCUCGGGAGCACUGGCAGCACUGGAGUACAUCCGAGCGUCCCUGGAGGCCCAGCCCCUGAGCCCUCUGGUGGUGCUGCUGCCGUUUGUGGGGGGGUUCAGCCGCACCCUCAACGCCGCCUGCAGGGACAUGGUGCGGUCCGGGGCCACGCUCAUUGCAGCCGCCGGGAACUACAAGGAUGACGCCUGCCGCUACUCACCCGCAUCCGAGCCAGAGGUGAUCACAGUAGGCGCCACUAACAGUGCCGACCAGCCCCUGGACUUGGGCACCACGGGCACCAACUACGGGCGCUGCGUGGACCUGUUUGCCCCCGGCGAUGACAUCGUGAGUGCCUCCAGUGACUGUGCCACCUGCUUCACGCCCAAGAGUGGCAGCUCACAGGCUGCCGCACACGUCGCUGGCAUAGCCGCGGUCAUCCUGAACGCCCGACCCAACGCUACGUCAGUGGAGGUGCUGCAGCUGCUCCUCAAGCACGCAGUGAAGGAGGCCAUCAACCCAGACAGCUUCCCUCUGGAGAACCGCCAUGCCUCACCCAAUAUGGUCGCCGCCCUGCCAACCACGGACUCUGACCUCACAGAAGAGGACCUGCUGUGCCGUUCCGUGUGGUCGGAGGUGUCGGGGACGUUGGCGUCUGACAGCGCGGUGACCAGGUGCCGCCAGGGGGAGGAGCUACUGAGCUGCUCCAGCUACGCCCUCGAGGGCACCAGGGCCGGGGACAGGAUAGAGGAGCGGGACGGAGAGAGGCGGUGUGUGGCCAGCAACAGCGCCGGGGGCCGGGGGGUGUAUGCCAUCGCCCGCUGCUGUACCCGGGGCCUCGUGCAGUGCCAGCUCAGCACCAGCGGGCAGCCAGGUACCAAGGCGGUGUGCCCCAAACCACAGCACCAACUCACAGGCUGCAGUGUCCAUUCAGAGUCCGGGGUGCUGUCGUCGGACGCAGGACGGCCUCACCAUGGCGACCAGAAGGCCUGUCCAGGAGGGGAGGGGAUGAGGUCAUACGCAUCAUGCUGCCACGCCCCCAACCUGCAGUGUCACCUGAAGGAGAGCGGCCCUGCAGCCCACAGCGAACAGGUUGAGGUGUCAUGUGAGGAGGCCUGGACGUUGACGGGCUGCAGUGCCUUCUCCCAGGGCUCGCCCACCCAUGGGGCCUACAGCCGGGGCAACACCUGCGUGGCCCCCAGCUCCGGCUCCAGCGGGGGAGAGGGGCCCACUGCCGUGGCCAUCUGCUGCAGGCUCGACCGAAAGCAGGAGCCGCAGCAGCAGACCAUCGACGGCAGCCAUGACUGAAUAGGGCAUCUGGGAACAAGUCAAACCACUUUCUCCUGUCCUACCCUGCUGCUUGUGGGCUUGUGAUUGAAGGAUUCAAUAUCUAAGAAAAGCACAAUUUAAAGGUCAUUAUCUCAUUUGCAAUCGGGAUGUUGAAUGGGGCAACCCCACCGCCAAAAAAGUUGGUCUGCCUAGGUUGACAACAGGGAACCUUUUUUU